GACGACAAACCGCGGACGAGCCGAGUGCGGGAAAGCCCGGUCGCGUAUCAUAGUUACUGUCGACCGAUCCGAGGUAUACCGUGUGUCCGCACAGAACGAGGAGUAACAACCGUGGGAUAAAAAAAAAAGAUAAGGGAGGGGGUGAUCCCGAUUGUGAACGUCGAGGCAGAUCGUUUCGUGACCUUGGUGCGCGCCACACUUUGCGUCCUUCUUUGGAGUAAUUAAAGGAGGAUUCGGUGCAUCAUCCCCGGAUCGGUUGCAUCGGGAUACAAUAAAUUCUGCGCGCGGGGGGACCGCUCGUCUAGAUUGAUCAACUCGGCCGUGAUCCGCCGGUUUUGCGUUCGAUGAGAUAUCCGCGCGGCGAAGUAUCCACACAAGGCAAAAUAAUGUGAUAUCACAGUGUUGGAAGGAAGAAGAGAAAGGAAAAAGGGAAGAGACGGAAAGAAAUUGGUGAGUGCGCGACGAGAACGCCGCAACGAACAGGUUGCAACGAGAGGGUUGCAACGACGGAUAACGCGGGAGUAUGCGCGACUCCUGGUAGCAUCAGGCUGGAAGAUGAGCGGGACGACGACGGAUGAUUAUUAAGCAAAGGAAGUACCGGGAGAAGGGGAUGCACCGAGGUGUUCCAUGAGAUGUCAGUGGAUUCAGGGACAGUUACGCCGUCGUCGUCGUCGUCGUCGUCAUCAUCAUCAUUGUUGUCGUCGUGAUCAUCAUGAGGAGGUCCUCCUACGUCAACUACUACGUCCUGUGCCUCGUGUGCUGGAUCCUAUUAGGUAUUACCGGGGUGAGUACGAGAUCUCAUUCGUUGGUGAAGAGGUUCGACGGGAUUUACACGGGGCCUUACUUUGACUCGAACACUCCAACGAAUAUCACAGCGCAGCUGGGCACUCACGCUUACCUACCGUGCAAAGUGCGGCAGCUUGGUAACAAAUCAGUUUCCUGGAUCAGAAGAAGAGAUUCGCAUAUUCUCUCGGUGGAUAGAACCAUGUUCAUUCCGGACGAAAGGUUCCAGGCGAUUUUCGGGGAGGCGGACACGUGGACGCUGCAAGUGAAAUAUGUCCAAGCGCGCGACGAAGGCGAGUACGAGUGCCAAAUCUCGACAGACCCGAAAAAGAGUCACAUCAUCAAGCUCAACAUCGUCGUGCCAAAGAUCGAGAUCUUGGGGGAUCGUGACAUGUACGUGAAGACCGGAAGUACAGUCGCAAUACGAUGCGUGAUAAAGCAAUCCCUCGAGGGCCCGUUCUACGUUUUCUGGUACCACGAGGGCGAUCGCGUUCUAAAUUAUCAGCUGGGCAAGAUCGACAUUCAAACGAAGAGGAUCGAUCAAGAUACGGUGAGCAGCCUCGUGAUUCACAACGCGAGGCGAGAGGACUCGGGUAACUAUACUUGCAGCCCGAGUAACCUGGAUAGCGCGAGCGUGCAGCUGCACGUGCUAAACGGGGAACAUCCCGCGGCGAUUCAGAGAGGUAUCAGUUCAGCGCCGGGUGGCUAUCCCACUCUGUGGUGGCUGGCAGGAGUGGUAACAUUGUACUCGAGUCACGGCAGCCGCCCGUUCGUCCUCGUUCUUCUGAUCCUUAUGGUUCUCUACUCGAAAAAUCCAUCUUACUUUGCGACGGAACGAUAAUCAGGCAAGAGCGCAAGGAUGAAAUACGCGUAUAAUCGAUUAUCUCCUGCUACGAGACCCCGACUACCUCGAGAGAAGAGAUCCUCGAUGUUGCGGACCGAUUUCUCGAGAUCAGAAACAAAAAAGACGAAGGUGACAGGAUUAAAAAGACGGAAGGUAAAAUGAUAGAGAGAAAAAGAGAGAGAGAGAGAGAGAGAAAGCGAAGAAUAAUGAUUGUGGUGGUAGUAUGUUUUUUCUCGAAGUAAGAGUUAGAGGUUUAUCUCGAUUAUCGAGACAGUGAUCCGGCCGUUAGAAAUUAGGACUUAGUUAAUUAUAUAAAUUCUUGUUAAAUUGCUGCGAGAACUAUACGCGCUGGAGAAGCUAUGAAAUUUUUGACACUGUCAAAAAUAUAAAUUAGGUCGAGUUUGAAUAAAUGAACGGGUGGUCCGUGAACAGUGAAGCGUUUAAAAAUUUUCAGUAAAAAAUGGAUCGCGAAUAAAAUGACAAUUUUAUGCGCGCAUAAAGCUCCCCGUUUACUGAUCUUAUAAUACAUUUUUUAGAAACUUUAUCUAAAGUAAUCAUUAUUUUAUUAGAGUUUAUUCGCAUAUGUUUCUUCAAAGACGCGUUCGCCUUUGUGCCUUUACGUUUGCAAAAUUGUUUCACGUACUUCCCGUUUGUGUUAGCCCGACACGGUAGAAACUUACGAAAUCUCAAAAAGGAGCGCUCUAAAAAUGAUCGCGAGAUCUUGUCGCGAGGGCGUUGGGUAGUUUCGUAGCGCCCGUUACAAGAAGGCGAUAAUGUGACGAGAAAUAUAUGUAGGGAUGAAAAACGAAUGAGAGAGAGAGAGAGAGAAAGAGAGAAGAAAAAAGAGGAACCUCGAUGAGUGACGAGAAGAGAAAGAACCGUUAUGAGAAUGGGAAAAAAAAAAAAACAGAAACACUUCGUCCGCGCCGCUCGAAUAGAAUUGAAACUUGUUCGAUGAAUUUUCGAAAUGCGAUGUGAUUUAUUAUAUUCGAUAGCGACUGAUUAUAACAAGCGUGUUUAUACUCGACGUCUAUCGCAUGAUCUAGGAUCGUCCUGAGAUUGAGUGAAUCUCGACCAUUGUCUUUUAGAUGAUUUGUCGACAUGCGCUCAAAAGCGAUUAGAAUCAUUUUAAAUUUAUCGAUCAGCAGAUCUGUUCUUCCAAAGUGGUUUGUGAAACAAACCUGUGAGGAAAAAUAGAAAGAAUCUAAAAACGAUUCUAUUGAAAGAUGAAAAAUGUUACCAGUGUUAAUAACACGAUGACGAUAAUAUUCGAUCCGAAGAAAAGAAUUCAUAUCAAGCGAUGUCUUGCCAUAUCAAAUUCAACUUAAUCGCGUGAUAUUUCCAACACGAAAAUAGAUUCGAAAUAUAUAUAUAUAGACAGAAUGCAUCAUAUUACUUUUAAUACGAAUAAUUUUUAUCGAGUGUGAGAACAUAAGACCAGACGAGAUGUCGCGACGAAAAUUAUCACUGCCCCUAUAAAUACUUUAACUUCGUUCAAAGGCGUCAAAUGGCUAGAGACGAUCCGCGAUCAAUAUUUUAGUAUUAAAGCGCAUUGAGUAUAUACACGCCGAUCAAAAUAAUAUCAUACGUCCGCGCAUGCACAGGCUAAUUUACCGCGACGUGGGCCGCUAAGACCGAUCCAUUUUCCAGUUCGUUUGCGCAUCGUUUCGCGAUAUUUCGCGAGAAUAUCAUGUUUUUAUAAAAAAUUGCAUGUUUUAGAAAUGUAGAAAAAAUUUAUAAACAUUCCAAAGAGAUUUUAAUAUUCAGAUAUAAAAUUAAUUUCUUUUUUGAAAAUUCUUGAAAUUAAUAAGAUACCUCGAUUUCUCUAUUAAACGUUUAUUCACGUUUACGACAUAUGGAAGACAUUUGCUCUAUAUAAAAAAUGGUAAAUGUUUACAUUGACUUAUACCUCAUGGAUCGUUUUCAUUUUUACAUAUAUCAUAGAAGGCACAUUUCUAAAUAACUCACUUUGAAUUUUGUGGCGCUCUCUUCUGGUUCCAGAGAUAUGCAAUUUUAAAGUUUCACAGUUUUAAUGCUUUUUCUGUUAUAAAAUAAGGAAAAAUAAAGUUUAUAUACGUUGUAUUUGUGUAAAGCAGACGUGGAAAAAGUGUUUAUUUAUAUUUCUGGGGACGAAGCUUCUUGGAUUUUUCCACUUCCCACACGAAGCGAGAUUCAACGCAGAUUUAUGUGUCUAGUUUCUUGAUAGUGGAGCCCCCCCUCCCCUUCCCCCGCACGGCGAACGGAACACACUGUCGCCAUGCGUAUACUUUUUAAUGCGUAAAUAUAAAGUGGAAAGUUGUAAAUCCAUGUAGAAUCUUACUUCGCAUUAAAAAAUAUAUGCGUGGAGAUAGUAUGUUCCGCCCCUCCUCCCCCUGCUUGAUAUGAAUUCUUUCCACUAUCAAAAAACUAGAGUAUGCACUACGUAGGUUUGCGUUGAACCUCGCUUUGCGUGGAUUAGCAAUUGAGUAAAGUAGACAAAAAAAAGAAAUUCUUAAGUAAAAAUGUAUACUGACAGUGACGCAAAUGUAAACAAAAAAAAAGAACAUAAACACGUGAGAUAUAGUGAUAAGAUCAUAGAAAUAAAUGCGAAAAUUAUGAUAUUUCAAAAUAUCGCAUAUCUCGGAAACCAGAAGAGAGCGCCGCAAAAUUCAAAGUGCGUGUUACUUAGGAAUGUGCCCUCAAUAAUACAUGUAAAAAUGAAAACAAUCCGUGAGGUGUAAGUUAAUGUAAACAAUUACCUAAAAGAUUUAUAAAUAUACACGUAUAAUAUAAUCUACACAAGUUUUAUAGAUAUUUUAAAUAUCUUACUUUGAUUCUUUUUCGAAAUGAAUUUUUUUAUGGAUUAUUGAAUGUUUCAUAGAUAUUUAAUAAUAAGCGGAUACUUUCGAUAAUUCCCUUUUCGAUAACAUUUCGCGUAUUAUAAUGACGGUUUUGGCCCGCGGCGUGCUGCCUCUGAGCAUGAUCGGUUGUAUAAUUUAGCGAACGAGCGUACGGCUUUCCGGUGGGUGCUCACGCGCCCCCCGCGAAUUUGCUUUCUUCUCGCAAGUGUACUAGAAGAAAUAUACUGUUUUUUAUAAUAUUAUAUAUAUAAAUAAAUCUAUAUAUAUAAAUAUAUAUAUAUAUAUAUAUAUAUAUAUACAAACGAACAGAAAUAUAUAUAUGUAUAUGUGUACGCGCGCAAAUACGUUGCACAUGGGUGUUGAAUAUUGAACAAGUUUCAGCUCGCACGAACGAGGGGCGCACAUAAAACGAAUAGGGCGUAAGUUCUCGUUGAGAUAAUAUUUGGAAGGAAAGUCCUGAAGAGAGAUAUGAGAAAGGCAGAGAGAAAGAGAGAGAGAGAGAGGGAGAGAAGAAGGAAAGAGAGAGAGAGAGAGAGAAAAUAUACAUCGUAAAAUACGAGGACACCGGCAGGAGACGAACGAUUCGUUAGAAUAUCUACGAUUCAUGUGAUUGUAAAUAACAUAAUAUAGCGUAUAAAUAACGUAACGUUAAUUAAUGAUAUGCCGUACGUGUUACACACUAAAGAAACAAGAAAAAAAAAAUAAACUAAAUAACGUUACUGUGUAAUUUUUCGGAUCGUAAAACACGCAUUGGAAUGGGUCUGGCCGCCUGUGCUAACCGGCUCGGGUAUCACGCACGGUAUCGCAAAAGGCGAGACGGGAGAUUUUCUCGAUCGAAAAGCAAAAAGAAAAAAAAAAAAAAAAAAGAAA